UGAUUGGCCAGGAGUUCAUCUCUCGUCUGUGAUUGGCCAGGAGUUGUGCCAUUUAAAAACUUUCCCGCCUCUGCUGUCAGCGGGGCGCGGCUUAGCGUCAGGGUGCGUCUGACGUCAUCAGCGGACUGUCCAUGAUGCCAAGAUGGCGGCGGAGUGGGGCGGCGGUCCCGGUUCUUCCCCUCCCGGUUCGUGCGGUCCCGGUUCGUGUGGUCCCGGGUCCUCGGUGGACUACUCGUUGCUGGUGGUGGUCGGAGCCCUGGGGCCGGGAAGCGGUCUCCUGGAGCGGCUGCUAGAGCAGAUCGAGUCCGGUGUCCGUCGUUGGCCCGUGGACCUGGACGUCUCUGUGGUGGAUCAGCAGCUUAAGCUCUUCGUGUCGAGACACUCGGCCUUCCUGUCAGAGCAGGUCCCAGGUCAGAGGACGCUGCAGCACCGUGGAGACGUGUUGGACGUGUUGGUUGUGGUAAAUCCAGCUCAGGAGUUGGUCUGUUCAGAGGUUCGGCGUCUGAUCUGUGACUCGUCUCGACACAAGUUGCUGAUUGUGGCCGGUCAGUUUGUGGAGGACAGUGGAGACAUCGUGUUGCAGAAAGGAUGUUUCUCCUUCAACCACCUUCUGCACCUCCUCAAUGAUGAUGAGGUCUUUGAGCUUCUGAGCACAGCGGACUCGGCCCUGAAAUCCAGCCUCACCCUCAGCUGUCCAGACUCUGGUCUCUGGAAGGACUCGUUGCUGGGUAAACACAACUUGCAAGAGUACAUAAAUAUCCAGAUCAACCCUCCCCUGGUCCUCCCUCAAAUGGAGGGUCUGCAGGAGUUCACAGAGUACCUGUCCGAGUCUCUGGAGCCAGAGUCGCCCUUCGACCUCCUGGAGCCCCCCAGUACCGUGGGUUUCCUGAAACUGUCCCGGCCCUGCUGCUACAUCUUCCCUGGCGGGAGGGGCGACUCUGCCUUCUUUGCUGUGAACGGGUUUAACAUCCUGGUCAACGGUGGGUCCGACACCCGCUCCUGCUUCUGGAAACUGGUCCGACAUUUGGACAGGAUCGACUCGGUGCUUCUGACCCACAUCGGCCUGGACAACCUGCCGGGGAUGAACAGUCUGCUGCUGAGGAAGGUCGCCGAGCUGGAUGAGGAGGAGUUGUCUGGAGCUCAGACCGAAGAGGACUGGAUGAAGAACCUCAUCUCCCCGGAGGUUGGCGUCGUCUUCCUCAACGCUCCAGACCGACUCCGGUCCAUCCCGGCGAAUCCCAGCGAGCUGAGGAGCUGCGACCAGGCAGCGCUCACUCUGCAGCUCUUACAAAGACUGUCAAUGAAACAAGAGCCUCUGACCCGGCCCGGGGGAGCCGUCAUAGAACCAGUCAUCCUGUUUCAGAAGAUGGGAGUGGGCCGUCUGGAGCUGUACACACUGAAUCCAGUCGGUGGCAGCAUAGAACUCGAAACUUUGAUGCAGGUUUGGCCGAACAGCUGUAACGUGACGGGCUCGGACCUGCCGCUGCCUUGCCUCGCCUCCGUUUGUGCUUUACUGGUCUGGCAUCCAUCCAGCCCUCAGGAGAAGAUCAUCCGGGUCCUGUUCCCAGGGUGUACUCCACAGACCAAAAUCCUGGAUGGACUUGAAAAACUCAAACAUCUCGAGUUCCUCAAACAUCCAAGUGUGUGUUUGAAGGACCUUGAAGCCUCCAAAACCGAGAAGCAACUGAAACACGGUGAGAGUCGGGAAAGCCUUAAGACCCAGUCCAGGGACCUCAGACCCAGUAGUGCCUUGCAGAAAGAAAAACCCGGACGGGUUGAUAUCAAAAAACUAGAGACCAAAACAAAGUCUAAAGUAGCUGGGGACGCUUUACAAAAAGAAAAGAAGACCACCGAAGAAAAGCCCAAGAUGAAGGAAGCUGAAGCUAAGUCAAAGACAACAAAACCAGCUGAAAAACUGAUUCCAAAGAAAGACGUGUCAAAGGAAGAGAAGAAGGAGGUGAAGAAGAAGGAAGAGAAGGUCGCUGUUGCUGCAAAGAAGGAAGAAAAUGAAGAGAAGAAGAAAGAAACUGUGAAGAAGGAAACCGUGAAUCCAAAACCAAAGAAAGACCUUAAACUUGAACCAAAGAAGGACGGAAAGAGGGACGUGAAAACAGAGGAGAAGAAAGCUGUGAAGGUGCAGGUCAAAGAGGUGAAGAAGGUGACGAGUCUGGCGGAGCAGAGGAAAGCUUCAGGAAAGACUCUGAAGAAGGACGGGACCCUAACAAAGAAAGACCCUCUAAACAGGGUGACCAAAGGAAAGUCUGGCUCCAAGGAGGAGAACCAGAAGCAGGUUGGAACUGAUACUGUCCAAGGUCCAAAGCUACGACUGGAAGACGAGAACGGGAACAGAGGCCAGAACUCAAAGAGCGCUAGCACAGAGAGUCCAGAGAGGGACCAGGACGUGGUCACCAGAAAACCGAAGGCUGAGCUGGCAGUGAACUUUGACCUGACUCCGACCUCGUUCCAGCCGGCGGAGGCUCUGAAGAACGGACCGGAGGAAAAGACUCUGGAUCUUGUCUCUCCUGCAGAUUCUGCCCCAAACAGCGCCGGACAUACGCCUUUCCAUCAGGGUCUAGGGGACGACAGCAGCCUCGCGGCCAGGGAGUCCAGUCUGGGCUUUGAGGACUACGUCCAGGGAGGUUCAUGUAGAACCUCAGAGCUUGGUUCUCUGGGGGAAGGCCAAGGAAACUCCAUGUCCUCACAGGGUAAACCGUCCAGCCUCCUGACCCUGAGUCCCUCUAAGGACGGGAUGGUGGACUCCUCCACCACCGUCGCCUCCAUGCCAGCUGAGCUCGGCUCACCUCACUCUACGGAAGUGGACGAAUCCCUGUCGGUUUCUUUAGAGCAGGUCCUGCCACCUACUCCACCUAAAGUCUACUCAAAUGGACAUGUUGGUGAGACGGGGGCGAUCCAACCUCUGGGUUCCCAUCACGGGUCCAACAUCCACACCAUGUCAGAACUCGUCCCAGACGUCCCACAUGACGUUGAUCUUUGCCUGGUGUCCCCCUGUGAGUUCCAGCACGCCCACCAGCAGCAUGUGAACCUGGGCCAGGCCACCAGGACCUCACCAGAACCCCCCAUCAACAACAACCACCCGCAGGACCAGAGCAGCAGCGACCCCUCAACCUACAGCCAGGAAACGCCUCCAUCGUCAGUCAGCGACUCCCCCCCGACAGCCACGGACUCCGAUGUCCCCCCCGUCACCGAGGACUGUCCGUCCAUCACAGCGGACAUGGACUCUGAUGACGAGUCCAGCGACCUCUUCCCACCUUCUCACCCACAAGAUCACCCGAGUUCCUACUGCACCCACAGGACGGGACCGCUCUCCUCCCAUGACCCGCCUCCUGCCCCGGUCAAAGACCUGCCUCCUUUACCCCCCCAGCCUGGAGCCUGCAUGGCCGACGCAGAGGCCGACAAGAACCUGAAGACCUCCGCUUCUAGGACCAAGAGACCAGGUCUACAGCCGAAGGCGUCGUCUGGAGGCGCCGCUCUGAACGGGAAGUCGAAGGGGGCACUCAAGGUGGCCGCCAGCCCCGACAUCAAGCCACCAUCUCGAAGUUCACUUGGUGGAUCCAAGACCGGACCUGCAAGAGCUCCGUCUGCAGGUUCUGAGGGUUCUGUGGUCUACCUGGACCUGGUCUACCUGCCCUCCAGCAGCUCCUCCUCCACCGUGGACCUGGACUUCUUCAGACGCCUCCGCUCCUCCUACUACAUCAUCAGCGGAAACGAUGCAAUGAAGGAGGCGUCGAUGAGGACCAUCCUGGACUCUCUGCUGGACGGGAAGAGCAACUGGCCGGACGUCCAGGUGACUCUGAUCCCGACCUUUGAUUCGCUGGCGAUGCAUGAGUGGUACCAGGAGACGCUGGAGCGCCAGAAGCAACUCUCCGUCACGGUUCUGGGCAGCAACAGCACCGUGGCCAUGCAGGACGAAACCUUCCCGGCCUGCAAGGUCGAGUUCUGAAGCCCCGCCCACGUCCGCCCCAGCCCGCUAGUGAGCAUGCUCAGUUAGAAAUGGUUAGCGAAGCCGGGGCCCCUCACUCGUAUCUAGGCAAAGCCCACAUGCAUGUGUGGUGCAGCUUCCCAGCUCAUGUUGGUCCCAUCUAAUAAGGGCUGGACUCUUUCAUUCCUUCACUAUGUGCCCUAUCUUUGCCUCGGCUCCUGUACUGGGACCCCCCCC